AUGGCAGCUAUUAAUCUCAAUGGCUACGUGGGUUUUGAUUCCAUCACACAACAAAUCGAAAAGAAGCUGUUGAAACGUGGUUUUCAGUUUAAUAUCAUUGUCGUCGGUCAAACUGGUCUCGGAAAGUCAACUCUUAUCAAUACCAUUUUCGCUGCUCACCUCAUUGAUAGUAAAGGUCGCGUAAAUGUCGAAGAACCAUUUAGGCAAACAACGGAAAUUCAAACAGUAUCUCAUUUGAUUGAGGAAAAUGGGAUUCGUUUGAGAUUGAAUAUCGUGGAUACACCCGGCUACGGUGAUCAAGUCAACAAUGAAAAUUGUUGGGAACCAAUUAUCAAGUAUAUCAAAGAUCAGCAUUCAGCCUAUCUUCGAAAAGAACUCACCGCGAUGCGUGAACGUUAUAUUCAAGACACAAGAAUUCAUUGCUGUCUGUUUUUCAUUGCACCCACUGGGCACGCUCUUAAGCCAAUUGAUAUUGUUGUCUUGAAAAAACUCUCCGAAGUUGUUAACGUAGUUCCUGUAAUCGCCAAAUCGGAUUCGUUAACAUUGCAAGAAAGGGAAUCAUUCAAACAGAGGAUUAAGUCGGAAUUGGCUCAUCAUAACAUUAAGUUAUAUCCUUACGAUAGCGAUGAACUUGAUGAAAAUGAGCGAGCUCUUAAUGAAAGCAUCAAGUCAUUGAUCCCGUUUGCCAUUGUGGGAUCGGAAAAGAAUGUAAUUAUUGAUGGCAAGUCUGUUCGCGGACGACGCAACAGAUGGGGUGUAAUCAAUGUCGAGAAUGAAAAUCACUGCGAGUUUGUUCACCUCAGAAAUUUCCUAACAAGGACCCAUCUAUCAGAUCUCAUUGAGACUACAGCCCAAAUUCACUAUGAAGCAUUCCGCUCCAAACAACUGCUAGCAUUAAAAGAUCAAAGUUCCAGACAGGAACAACCACAGCAAUCACCACAACAAAGCCUCGCUUAA